AUUAAAAAUAUUCAAAGUAUCGUAGUAGAAGGAAACUGCACUUUGAAACUUUUCCGAAAAUUCGCAAAUAUAACGGCGAUUAAAUUAUAAAAAUUUCCAAGACUUGGAGAAUAGCUUAAAUUAAAAACAUAAUAUAAUUUAUUUUAAGUAGAAAAUACGAUAAUAGGGUCACAAUUUGGCUUGGUAUGCAUUAAUUAAUUCAAUUGUCACUAACAAACAAACAUCAGGUUGACUUGGUAUAACCGGAAUAACUAAUCAUAGGUCGCUGUUGAUAACGGACACUCGAGGUACUCGAAUUUCACACUUAAAUUUCGUUUGAAUCAGUGAACCCAAUAAUCACUGGUUUACCAGUGAGCAACUUUGAAUCUCACUAAUUCACCAGGGACUUUUUUACUCACUGAAUGAACCAGUGGAUUUCCCACUGAUUCAAAUUAAGAGAGUACCCUUCAUUUCUACUUUUCAAAUUAAUUCCUAUACAUGACUUAUGCCUCAUUAUCUUCAAUCAUUUCAAAAAUAUAUUGCUUCUAUAAUCUCAAUACCCCUUGAAGAACUUUUAUUAAACGUAAAAAUAAAUUCCAAUCAGUUAAAAAAAACGUUAGUCUUGUAUUUUAAUAUUGAAAAAAAAAUUUCACUCAAGUUAUUACGAUUACUUGUUGCAGAUAAGACUACUAAAAAAGAGUGCAUUAAUUCUUCAGGAAUUGUUGACAAAUUAGAAAAAUGUGAUAUCGAUAAGCAAGUUACGUUAGAAAUAGGUGUUGAAUAUCCUUUAGAUCUAUGGUUUCUCUUAUCAGAGUAUAUAAAACCAGAAGAUAUUGGAAAAUUUGCAAGUAUAUGUAAAAGCUCUAAUUAUGUAACAAAAACUGGUAAAUUUUGGUUCCAUCUUUAUAAACGUUAUUACAAGCCGCUACCACAUUUACCCGAAAGAUUACGACCUGAAUGCAUGGUACUGUUACGUGGUCUUAGAGCUUGUGUAAUCAGAACAUUACAUUUAACAUAUUUUUCAUCUUUAGAUAGGGUAAAGAAAAACCCAUAUUUAGAACAAGAAGAACCACAUUCUUUAGUUAAAAGACGAUGCUGUCUUAUGUGGCACAAGAAAGGGGAAAGUCAUUGGUACUUUUUUUUCAAGCUCAAAAAAAUUUUAGAUAGUCAUAAUAAUGCAAAAAAAGAAAAUGUCAGUAUCAAUAUUAAUGAAGAAUUUAAUGUAAAUAGUAUGCUAGAAGAAGUUUCAAUGAAUACAGAGAAUAAUUGCCGUGUACUACGAGUGACCUGUAUAAAUUAUGGGAUGAUACCGUUAGUAAAUGGACUUAUUCUUCAAUCUGUUAAAAUGGAUUUAUCACCAGGUUUUAAACAUCAUCGACUUCAUUUAAAUUUCUCUAGCAAUUGUAGCUCCAAAAUACCGACUCAUGUAGUUAUACUUAGUGGAGUUGUUGAUUGCAAAGUUUUAGAUUGGUGGCACCCAUGUUAUCCACAUCACGAUCGAGCAAUAGAUGUUUCAUUGCCAUCUGUUGAGUUUUGGGAUUUUUAAAAGUUUAUUUUAAGUUAUUCAUUUCUUAAUAGAACCAAUUACUUACUAAACUUUCAGUUCAGUUAUUUCUGUUUAGCAUCUUACUAUCGCUAGCAGAUCCGAACCGCGGUAAAUUACCGUAUUUUACUGCAGAUGUGCCGCAUUUUAGGUAAUUUGCGGUGAAGAUACGGCAGCAUAUGGUAUAAUACCGCAAUUUACGUGAAUACACCGCAAUUUGUGGCAUUUUUACCGUAACAUAGUAAAAUACUUCACUUCACGGUAAAAUGCCGUAAAAUACUGCACUUUUACCGCAAGGUUGCCACAAUUUUACGGUAAAUUUACCGUGAUUUUACCGUAAAAUGCCAUAACGUCGCCGAUUACCGUAACUUACUGCAAAAUACCGUAUUUUACCGCAAUUUUUCGAAUGCCGUAAAUUACGGUAAUUUACUGUAAUUCGGAUCCGCCAGGGAUGUGAAACCUAUACAUUGUAUUGUUUACUACGCGAUGCUAUCAAAAUAUGAUCCUGAAGUUAACAGACAAUUAAAAAUUUUCGGAUUUUUUUUUUUACAAAUCAAUUACAAAAACAAAAAUUUUUAAAUAUGUACAUGUAGAAAAUUAAAAAAAUUAUCAGUACAAUUUAUUGAAUCAUUUUUCCUUUUAUAAUUUAUCGUUUUGAAAAAAUUCAAAAAAUUAUUAGACUUCGGCUAACUUUCGUAUCAUAUUGCAAUGAGUUGACUUAAAUAUAGUAAUGAAUUUUAAUAUAUAGAUGGUAGACAGCAGUGGGAUCGCACUUAUUUUGACUCUCAAAAUUAUUUCUUUAAGGUUUUUUCUACAGAUUUUUUUUUAUUUCAAUGACUUAUUUAGCUUCAAUCGAUAAAAAAUCUAAACUUUGUGAAAUCGUAUUUCUAGUAUUUUUUGAGGAUUCGCAGAGAAGUAAAAAAGUUGGAAAUUAAUUGCAGUGCUCAUACGUCACUGAGUCCUUCCUGACAUUUUCAGUAUUUUUUAUUAUUCGAUCCUCUAAUCAAUUAGUCAGUUGAGCGGGUUGCAAAAAAGUUAUAAAAAAAAAUUCUUACCUGCGAAAAUAAAUGAAAGUCUGUAUAAUCAUUUAAUUUCUUAUAAAAUUAUUAGAAAUAUUAAACUUUGUUAAUUAUGUAACUGAUUAGUUAAUUUAUAAAUUAUAUUAUUUAUCUGCAAUUAUAAAGUAAUGAAAGAAAUUUUUUUUACUUUGAAAAUGUAUUUUAUAAAUUUAAAUGAGGAUGGAAUAUUCUAAAUCCCACUUA